GGCGACGCUGAAAAGAUAGAGAAGACGCGGAAAUUGCAGCAGAAACUGGCAGUUAGUUAGCAAGUCGUCAGGAAGGGCAUGCCCCGUAGCAUCAGAUCUAACAACUCUAAUGGCCGAAUUGUCGUUUUGGCAUCGCACUUGACCUCCAUGGCUUCGGAAAAAGAAACUGCUCUUGCAGCCACUCCCUCCGAUUCUCCUACCAUAUUUGACAAGAUCAUCAACAAGGAAAUUCCUUCUACCGUGGUUUACGAGGAUGAUCAGGUCCUUGCUUUUAGGGACAUUUCUCCUCAAGCACCAACACAUAUCUUAAUCAUUCCUAAAGCCAAGGAUGGGUUAACUGGUCUAGCCAAGGCUGAGGAAAGGCACUGUGAGAUUCUUGGCCGCCUUCUAUACACUGCAAAGCUGGUUGCAAAGCAAGAAGGUCUUGAUGAUGGUUUCCGGAUUGUAAUUAAUGAUGGUCCAAGUGGAUGCCAAUCAGUUUAUCACAUUCAUGUGCACCUCCUUGGGGGACGACAGAUGACCUGGCCCGCCGGCUAAAAUUGAGGGGAGGAUUCGUGGCGAGCCACAUGACUUGCAGGAAACUUCCGGCAGAAGGCAUUUAUUUGCCCCAAUGCUAUCUAAAUUAAUAAUGAACGGUUCAAGUGAUCAGAGUCUAUCUAUUAGUAGUUCUCCAUCUAAUAACGGAUUCAUGGUGGCUGUUAUUACGUGUUGAUGACAAUUGACAACUAGAAUUAGGUAUAAUUUUAUCCUUACUGAAUGGCGUGCUUCCUGGACUCUGAAUGCCCGUACGAAGCUCCGAAGGAUGUGCUAUUAAAGUUCUGGAUGGAUUUUGUCUAUGUGCCGCGCUGAUAUAUUGGUAGAGCUUUUUUCAAAAUAAAUAAAUAAAUAUCUAAAGUGCAA